CGGUCCCGCCGCGGCCCAGGCGCUAGCAGCGGGCGCCCGGGAGGGGCGACCGGGCGGGGGCGCCGAGGAGACGCUCCCGCUGCCCACCGGGGCUGCGGCGGGACGCAGGGUCGCGGCGGUGGCUGGCACGACGGACAAAGGGCCUUGCGGGGCCGAAGGCGCUGAGCGCGGCGGGGAUGUGGCGACGGUCCUGAGCGCGGCGCGAUGCCGUGGUUCCCAGUGAAGAAGGUCCGCAAGCGGAUGAAGCUGCUGCUGCUGCUGCUCCUGCUCACCUGCGCGGCGUGGCUCACCUACGUGCACCUGAGCCUGGCACGCCAGGGCCGCGCGAUGCGCCAGCGGCAAGGCCACGCGCGAGAUGGUGAGAAGCUGACCAGUGUGACAGAUGCUCGGGGUGUCCGGGUGGUACCAUCCAUGCAGAGGGUGGCAGACUCCAGUGAGAGUCGUGAGGAGGAACAGGCGCCUGAAGGUCAGGAUGCAGAUGAGCAGUUUCCUGUGGGGGUGAGAAAGCCAGCCCCGCUGAACCUCACCCAUCAGGUGCCCACAUGGCGGGAGGAGUACAAGGGACAAGUGAACCUGCACGUGUUUGAGGACUGGUGUGGGGGCGCCGUGGGCCACCUGAGAAGGAACCUGCACUUCCCACUGUUCCCCCACACCCGCACCACUGUGAAGAAGCUGGCUGUGUCCCCCAGGUGGAAGAACUACGGGCUCCGGAUCUUUGGCUACAUCCACCCGACAAGAGAUGGAGAUGUCCAGUUCUCGGUGGCUUCAGAUGACAACUCUGAGUUCUGGCUGAGCCCAGAUGAGAGCCCAGCAGCUGCCCAGCUUGUGGCCUUCGUGGGCAAGACUGGCUCCGAGUGGACAGCACCUGGAGAAUUCACCAAGUUCAGCUCCCAGGUGUCCAAGCCCAGACGGCUUAUGGCCUCCAGGAGGUACUACUUUGAGCUGCUUCACAAGCAGGAUGACCGGGGCUCAGACCAUGUGGAAGUGGCUUGGCGCGCUUACCUGCCAGGCCUUAAAUUUGAAGUCAUCGGCUCUGCGCACAUCUCCCUGUACACAGAUGAGUCAGCCCUGAAGAUGGACCACGUUGCCCAUGUGCCCCAAUCUCCAGCCAGUCACACUGGGGGCCACCUGCCAGCGGAGGAGCCCAGUGCAGACAUGCUACGGCCAGACCCCAGGGACAGCUUCUUCCUUACACCCCGGAUGGAGCCCUCGAACCUGGAGAGUGUGCUGGAGCCUUGCACCUAUGCGCCCACCUAUGUUCUCAAGGACUUCCCCAUCGCAAGAUAUCAGGGCCUACAGUUUGUGUACCUGUCCUUUGUGUACCCCAAUGACUACACCCGCCUCACUCACAUGGAGACAGAAAACAAGUGCUUCUACCGCGAAUCUCCCCUGUAUCUGGAAAGGUUUGGCUUCUACAAAUACAUGAAGAUGGACAGGCGAGAAGGGGAAGAAGAGGAAGAGGAGGAGGUGCAGCGCCGUGCCUUCCUGUUCCUCAACCCGGAUGAUUUCCUGGAUGACGAGGAUGAACCACUGGACAGUCUGGACCCCACCAAGGCGGUCACGUCAAGGAACAGACACAGUUCUCGCAGUUCUCCUGUACUGGCGGCCUCCACUGAGCGCAAGGCAGAGCCCCUUGCCUCCCACGCUUCUCCACCGCGCCGCUCUCGUGGGCUGCACUGGGCCUCACACCCCCUGCCCCUCUUGCUGGGCCGCGCGCCACCACCGCACAAUGCCAAGUCUCCCGCCAAGGUGUACGUGACUCGCGUGAGGUCCCGACCCCAGGCAUCCCCACGCAGCCCAGUCUGGCCACCCCUGGCCAGUGUUCUCCUGCGUGCCCGGGCCCUGCCAAAAGUUCAGCUGCGUGCGCCACGGCCCCAGCGCAGGUUCCACAGGCCUGGGCCUGGGGAUACAGAGCCCCGAGUGUCACCCAGCCCAGGGGACCCACAGGCUCACGUACCAGACAUGAACUCAUCAGCUGCUUUGCAGCCUGUGACCUCCUUCCUGAGCUUAUCCCAGAUGUCCCGGCCGCAGCUGCCCACAGAGGGCGAGGGCAAGGACAAGGGGGAGGGGGAGGAUCGGGCCCCGGGCGAUGAGGCAGAAUCAGAGGAUAGUGAGGAGGACUCAGCGGGCCGUGUGCUGGGGCGCUGGAGAGAGGACGCUAUCAACUGGCAGCGGACGUUCAGUGUGGGUGCCGUGGACUUCGAGAUGCUGCGCUCAGAUUGGAACGACUUGCGCUGCAAUGUGUCGGGAAAUCUGCAGCUGCCAGAGUCAGAGGCUGUGGACGUGGCAGCCCAGUACAUGGAGCGGCUCAAUGCGCACCAUGGCGGGCGCUUUGCACUUCUGCGCAUCGUGAAUGUCGAGAAGCGCCGCGACUCUGCACGUGGCAGCCGCUUCCUCCUGGAGCUAGAGCUGCAGGAGCGUGGUGGAGGCCGCCUGCGCCUGUCGGAGUUUGUCUUCCUACGCCUGCGCGGUGCGCACACUGGGGGCGAGGAAGGAGAGAGCCCUGAGCCUCCACCCGCCUCCUCUACGCGCCCGGAUGGCCGCCCUGAGCUCUGCCGCCCACUCCGCCUAGCCUGGCGCCAGGAUGUCACCGUGCACUUCAUCGUGCCAGUUAAGAACCAGGCACGCUGGGUGGUGCAGUUUCUGGCGGACAUGGCCUCACUACAUGCACACACUGGGGACUCCCACUUCAGCGUCGUCUUGGUGGACUUCGAGAGCGAGGACAUGGACGUGGAGCGUGCCCUGAGCCAGGCACGGCUGCCCAGGUAUCAGUACCUGAGAAGAACAGGAAACUUCGAGCGCUCUGCCGGGCUGCAAGCUGGAGUGGAUGCUGUGGAGGACCCCAGCAGCAUCGUUUUCCUCUGCGACCUGCACAUCCACUUCCCACCCAGCAUCCUGGACAGCAUCCGAAAGCACUGUGUGGAGGGCACACUGGCCUUCGCCCCGGUGGUCAUGCGCCUAGGCUGUGGGAGCUCCCCUCGCAACCCACAUGGUUACUGGGAGGUGAAUGGCUUCGGCCUCUUCGGGAUCUAUAAAUCAGACUUCGACCGCGUGGGAGGCAUGAACACUGAGGAGUUCCGAGACCAGUGGGGGGGCGAGGACUGGGAACUCCUGGACAGGGUCCUGCAGGCAGGGCUGGAGGUGGAGCGACUACGACUUCGGAACUUCUACCACCACUACCACUCCAAGCGAGGCAUGUGGGGCACACACAGCCACAAGGGCACCCAUCAGGAGCCAGUCUGAGGGUGACUGGUCACACCAGCCUGGUCCCAGGAGCACAGCCACUGUGUGCCUCCCCCUUGGCCUGCCAUGCCCUUGUGGCCUACCCAGAAGCAGCCUUCUCGGUGGACCAGCCAGACUGCCUCAGUCCCACGCUCCAAGAUGAUUUCUGUGAAAUUUUUGGUAGUGAUGACAUUGUUUUCAGGAUUUCCAAGAGUACUGUCUGUUCCGUU